AUGUGUUGUGUCGUUCCUCCUCCUGCUCUCCCUCCCACUGGUCUGCAGCACAGCCUUCUGCCUGCAAGGCUUUUACUGGGGUGUGCUGCAAGGCUUGGGAAAACCAGCAGUGCCCUGGAGCAACUGUCAUCCAGAGCCCUUCAGCUGGUGCCUCACCCCUGUGAUCCACCAUGGAUCAUCCAAGGGCUGCCAGAAACCCAGAGGAAGCCAACAGGAGCUGGGUUUGAUGCCCCUGUGAGAGAUUCAGGUUUGCCCUGCCCAGAUGUCAGGUGUGGACAGCGAAGAGUGAAUCUUUUUAACUGUGACAUCUCGUGCUCCUCCCUAGGUAGAGCCUCAGGCCUGACAAGCCUGAAAGUUCAACACCCAGCUCACUUCCAAGUCCAUCAGGGCUCUGAAAUUGCUCUUCAGCCUAAAUCCUCUGAAACAACCAGUCUGUCCAGGCUGCUGGGUCAUGGCAAGACCUCCUGGCAGGUCUUCUCCUCCCAGAAGGAAUAUGUAGAAAAAGAGAUCAGUCCCAAGCUGCUGGGGUUUGUAUAUGCUGCUCAUGAAGAAGAAUGUCUGCCCUGGAGCUUGCAGGCCAAGAGCUGUUCCUUGCAAGUGCAUCCACACGGUUGGACUCUCAGCAUGUGGAAACCCAGUCCCAGGCAUCAGCCCAGAAGAGUUAUUUAAACAAGAAACAUCUUUAUUCUUUCGAUGCUCGUUAUUAAAACAAAACACCCUUCUGAAUUUUAACAAGAUCCAUGCACUCCCUGCCUGGCUUUACUGUAUCACCCCCUUAUCUAGAAAGUUUUUCCUAAUGUCAAACCUAAAUUUUAUUACCUGCAAAUAAAACUGGUUCCUUCUUUCCCUAUCCCUCAGCAAGCAUGGGGAAAGAUUUAUCACCAUCCUCCUUACAAUAAACUUUAACAUAUUGCAA